GUGCUGAAGUCAGGAUCCCCUCUCCAAUCGCCGUUUGUUGACAAUAUUUCCGAAAGGGAUUAAAGCGCUUGCUUCACGCAAACUUCCUCUGAGGACGUUUAUUGCGUGGAUCAUAUCACUAACCGUGGAUUUCAUCGGACGUACUUGGCAGUUGAAGUGAAGUGGGCUACAACAGUUUUUUUGUUUGUUGGUAAAAUCUUUUCUCGGAUUAUACUCUGGAUGCUUUGCGUCUGGACAUACAGGAACAUACCGAUGAGGACGCCCAGAUGUUGGUCGCUGGCUGUGUUCUUGUUGGGCAUCGUCUUGCCCAGCGCGGAGGCCAGACCCAACCAGGAGGGACUCGGGCAGCUGCCCUAUCGACCGGUGGUGAGGUUCCGACACAAGGAUGGGAACCAAGGGACCCUGCAUAUCAAGGGGUUUAUGGGCCAUGGCGGCGUCGCCGGUCCUUGUGAGCACAAGUACUGUGGUUUGGGACGACACUGCGAGGUCAGCCGUGAGACUGGCCUGGGAGAGUGCAGGUGCCUGGACAGCUGCAAACCCCACUACAAGCCGGUGUGUGGGUCGGACGGCAAGCUGUACCAGAACCACUGUGAGCUCCACAGGGCCUCCUGUGUCGGAGGACAGAGGAUCACCAUCAUGCACAGCGAGGAGUGCUUCUACAAAGAUGAUAACUGCAGACUGAGUGACUACCGUGGACUAAAGAACAAGAUUUUGGACCUGUAUGACCAGAGGUACAUGGGGUCCGGCAACAAUGGAGGUCAUAAAGACAACAUGGCCGCCAGGAAGCAGCUGGUGGACGUCAUCUUCAAACGCUUUGAUGCCGACAGUAGCGGGCGAGUUGACAGCAGCGAGCUCUCCCAGGUGAUCAAGCAAGAAGGUCUGUCCAAGGGUGUCUCGGAGUGCACAUUGUUUGACCUCCUCAAAUACAACGACAUCAAUGGGGAUGAGAGCCUGGCCAAGGAUGAAUUCUACAAAGCCUUUGAAGUGUUCCAGCUCCGCCUCCCCGACGACCAGAGGCUGAGCGUCACCACGGUAACCGUUGGCCAGAGUGCCGUCUUGACCUGUGCAAUCACCGGGGAGCACAGACCUCCGAUAAUGUGGAAACGCAACGAUCAGGUCCUCAACACCUUGGAUCUGGAGGAUAUCAAUGAUUUCGGAGACGACGGCUCCCUGUACAUUACCAAGGUGACCACCACUCACAUGGGGAACUACAGCUGCUAUGGCGACGGUUACGAGCAGCUCUCGCAGACACACAUGCUGCAGGUGAACGUCCCCCCCGUCAUCCGGGUGUACCCUGAGAGCCAGGCCAGGGAGCCGGGGGUGACGGCGAGCCUGCGCUGCCAUGCCGACGGCGUCCCGGAGCCACAGCUGUCCUGGCUGAAGAACGGCAUGGAUAUCACCACCAAGCUGUCCAAACAGCUCACCCUGCAAGGUGAGACGCAUCCUGCGCCCAGGUGCCAUUACCAUACUCGGAAACUCAGUUAGGAGACUUAUUUAGGAGACACAUUAAGGAGACUUGUUAAGGAAACGUGUUUAGGUGACUGGUUUAAGAGACUUAACAACUUGCUGUAAUAUCUUAAAAACAAUUUGAUUUUCAAUACAUGUGUCUGUGUNNNNUACGAGGAUGGCAUCAAAGUCAUCCAGCCGGUCGCCUGUGAGAUCCAGAGACACAUCAAGCCCAGUGAGAAACUCCUGGGCCUUCAGGAGGAGGUGUGCCCCCAGUCAGCAGGAGAGACAGAGCAGAAUACACAGACCACACACAGACAGAGCUGUGUGUGGUCAUCAGCGGUCAACGUCAAGGACAAGUUUAUUUACGUCACACAGCCAACCUUGGGCCGGGUCCUCAUCGUUGACAUCCAGUCACAGAAGGCUGUCCAGACUGUGAACACAGAUCCCUUCCCUGUGAAGCUGCACUACGAUAAAUCCCACGACCAGGUGUGGGUGCUGAGCUGGGGGAACGCAGACAAGAACUUUCCUACUCUGCAGGUGGUCAAUCAGGCCAGCGGGAGUAUGCCCCACCACACCAUCCACACCCAGCCGCUCGGCAGACGCUUUGAUAGGGUGGAUGAUUUCUUCAUCCCUGCCACCAGCCUCAUCAUUAAUCACAUCAGGUUUGGGAUCAUCCUCCACAGAAACGAACCCGCUCUCCACAAGAUCGACCUGGAGACCACGUCGUACGUGAGGAACAUCAGCCUGCGGCAGUUUAACUGCGUGCCGCACUCCCUAGCCUACAGCCCCCUGGGGGGUUAUUACUUCGUCAACUGCCGUCCCGACUCCACCGGCGCCACUCAGCCGCAGCUCAUCGUGGACGGCGUGACCGACGCCGUCAUCGGGCAGAACCGGGACGUCACCGGAACCCCUUACGUGUCCCCGGACGGUCGCCACGUGGUCACCGUGGACGACCGGGACGGCCUGAUGAGGAUCCAGACCAUCACGGAGCGCGGGGAGAUCCAGGACCCCUUCGACAUCCACACCAACCUGCACCUGUCCCACCUGGCCUUCCAGCCCUCCUUCACCGAGGCGCACCAGUACAACGUGUUCGGCAGCUCCGGGCGCCAGACGGACGCCUUGUUCGUGGAGCUGAGCUCCGGGAAGGUGAAGAUGAUCAAGAGCCUGAAGGAGGCCAUCAAGCCCUCCGACUGGCCCUGGAGCAGCAGGAACAGGGUGGUGGAAGGAAGCGGCCUCUUCGGACAGUACCUCAUGACCCCUUCCAGGGAGUCUCUCUUCAUUCUGGACGGACGCCUCAACAAGCUCAACUGCGAGAUCACCGACGUCGUCAAGGGCAACGUGGUGGCGUGGGUGGGCGAGUCAUAGGAGGCUACGCUGACCGGUGUUGUGUUAUCUGAGGUACAGUUGCACUGGAUUUGGUUGCGGGUGUGUCAUUUAUGGGGUGCGACGAUCAAAACAUUCUUAAACCAAAUUGACCGAUGAUAAUCGCGUUGGGUGUAUAACGAUCAAAAGCAGAUUCUUAAACUUUUUGACCAAAUUGACCGUUGAAAUAGCAUUGGAUGUGUAACCUUGUAGAGGAAAGCUCUGUCGUUGUUGUCUGCAAGUCAAAAUGGGUGGUUCAAACAUAGUCGACACAAAGGUGUUCCCUAAUAUCCGCGAGAGAAUACAAAAUCUAGUCAUUUGAUCAAAUUCUGCCAUAUAUGCAGCAUAUAGUAACACAUGCAAAUCUCUUGCUCACGCAAAGUUGAACUGGAAUGACGGCCCAGUAACUGAAAGUAAAACGAUGUCUGGCCUGUCUGUUUGGUCUCCUCAUUCCCACUCCUCCCUGUGCCUUGAAGGAAAACAUACUCCAUAAGAGGAAUUAGAGUAAUUAUUCCCAUUGCGACUGCAGCUUAUACCUCCUCUUUUAACCUCCCUCUUGGUGAGAGAUGCUCCAAAAAGAAUCCAUUUUUUCUCUUCUUUAUCUCAGACCGACGUCGAGCCGUUUCAGGCUAAUUAAAAAGAGCCCUUGCUGAGAUCCCGUCCCUUUUGAAGUGAAGAUUGAGAGAUCGAGUCGUCUUUUAUGAUUGUGCACUCUGUAAACUUUGAUCUUUGAGGCGUAAUGAGCAGAGAAUGAUUUGAAUGUGAUUUCUGUCCGACAAUCAAAGUCAACGACAAGUUAGUUAAAGUGCUCCGGCUUAAUAUUGUAAAAUAAAUAAUUUUAGUUCACCACAGCUUUAAGUCAAUAGGUCAGUGUGUUUAGCAAAAUUCAUUCCAAUUCCAAAAUCCUCGCCCAAAAAUGCGUAGUGUGCUAGAUAAUCCAGUAGAAAACAUGAGAAACUGUCAGUUAUUUUUGACUUGUUGAAAGUGGAUGUUUUAAUGUGAAGUAAUGAUCGAUUCACAUAUUGGGGUGUGGAUUUAUUGCGGUGGUAGAGUGUAGGGGGGAGUUGAGCCUAGGUCGUAUUGGGUAGAGGGGUCUUGGUCUCUGAACUGUAAAUCACAGUUGUUUUCAAAUGCUUUGAAGGUGGAGCAUAGUUGGAUCCAUUAGUUGUACCCAAAAUAUCUGGCAAGCAUGCCUGGCAUAGACAUCAGACUGACUCCUAGAUUAACACAUUCUAUGCAUUUUCACCUUAGCACUCUAAUAUUGUGUGUAAUGAGGAAAACAGUUAAAUUGUUAUUUAUUUUUUUCUUAAGCUUGUUUCUGACCUUUCAUGUCACGUAUGCACAGGGCCAUGUCAAGAUUUCCCAGUUCAGAUAAACACUUCUCUAGUUUUAUCGAGGACAUUUCCUCUAUCUCAUCUUGUUUUCAAACCCAUAGGACCGUCCAGAUAAACCGAGAUUUGUUCCUACUUGUGUUCUGUACAUAGCAGCAGGCAGUGAGUUCAUCACCACUGUAGCUUUCAUACACGUUCUGAGGGCUCUGUUUUUGUUUCGAGUAAAUAGGCACCCUCCUUUACAGGAAACCACAACUGCGUCC